AUGGCUUCAGCAUCUAUCGUAGGGAGUACCGGUCUUGUCGGCUCCCAUAUCCUCUCUACCCUCCUCUCUCACCCCUCCAUCUCCAGCGUCCAUUCCCUCUCGCGCCGCGAUCCCAAACCCAGCACCACCUCUCCCAAACUCCACCCUCUCACCUCCACGGACACAGCAACAUGGUCUUCCCUCCUCUCCUCCAUCUCUCCCUCUCCCCUGCUCUUCUUUUCCGCACUUGGAACUACGAAAGCGCAAGCGGGUAGUAUCGAAGCGCAGCGCAAAAUCGACUAUGAUUUAAAUCUCGAGCUAGCAUCUACCUUUUCUCAGGCCGAGACCACCACCGAAAAUAAAGAAAACAAGGAAAACAACAAAAUCUACAUCCUCAUCUCCACCCACGGCGCGAACCCCUCGUCUAUGAUCCCCUACUCCAAAAUGAAAGGCGAGCUCGAAGACGCAGUUCAAGCUUUACUAGAAAAGAAGGAGAAUAGGGUUAAACAUGUUAUUAUCCUGAGACCCGGGUUGAUAGUAGGAGAGAGGGAGGAUUCACGACCAGCGGAGUUUGUGGCGAGGAAAGUGGCGGGGUGGAUGGGCUGGGUAAAUCCGGGACUGCAGGAUUUUUGGGCGCAGGAUGCGAGGGUCAUUGGGAGAGCGGCGGUGGAGGCGGGGGUUAGGGCGAUGAGGGGAGGGGAUGGGGAAAUGGGGGAGAUUCCGAGGGUGUGGGAGCUGGGGCAGAGGGAUAUUGUUAGGUUGGGGAAGACGGAGUGGAAGGGGGGGAUGGGGAGUUGUGAUGGGGAGUGUGUGAUGGAGAGGGGAGUGAGAGGAUUGGGAUGUGAUUUGUUCGAAUAG